AUGAAGGUCUUUUUAGUUAUAUUAUCAGCAGCAGUAGUCACAGCAGGAGUCACUACCAAUGAAAGGGAACUAGGAGAAGUACCAGAAGUACCAGCAGUACCAGAAAUAACAGAAGUACCAAAAGUACCAGAAAAUAAGAAACUUCCUCUUUCAGAUUUAGACAAAAAUGAGCUGGAUAUACCAAACUUGCCAGAAGAAGAUGACUUAAAUGUGCCAGAUUUACCAGAAGACACUGAUCUGGACGUACCAGAUGGUGAAACAAAGGGAGAUCUUGAUGAUGAAGCUGAUUUAGCAACUGCAAGGAAUAAUCUGUCUUUCGGAACUUUUGGUUCAAACGAUAGGCUGAUGUCAAGGAUCACUCAUAACGUUGCUGCUGCUUCUUUAUUGAUCCAUGACCAAGAAAUCACUUUCCGUGGAGUGAGAGGAACUAAUAUCACAGCCAUCAGAAUGAAGACAUAUCUAGCAGUCACGCUAUUAGUGGCAGUAGUCACAGCAGGAGUCACCACCAAUGAACGAGAUUUAGCAGUCGUACCAGAAGACAAGAAGCUUCAUCUUUCAGACUUUAUUGAAAGAGAAGAUCUUUAUGUACCAGAUUCACCAGAAAAUACUGAUCUGGAUGUGCGAGAACUUGAAAUAAAAGGAGAAGAGGAUGAAGAAACUAAUUUAGCAACUACUAGGAAUAAUCUAUCUUUGGGAAGUUUUGGUUCAAAUGAUAGACUGAUGUCUAGGUAG